CAAAAACCAAAAACCAACUAAAACCAACUACACAGCCAGCCAGCAAGGAUGAACCACCAACUCACAACAACCACAACACAGCUAGACUCACUCAGACCCAGAUUCGAAUCAGCAAUCGAGUACCAGAUACCAACAAACAACAACCACAACAGCAGCAGCAGGACUAACAACCAAACCCACACCAUCCAAGCAAACCAUGCAUCACAGUCUAACUGCUUCUUCCCACCCACCCCAACCGAUGGAUGGAUCAAAACAACAGUCAUCAACAACGGAUUCACACUAGAACUCAGAUGGAUCAACCCAACCAAGACCAACAACCAGAACAACCCACUCCAACCACUCGACAACAGCCCAUCCCAUCAACCCAUCCACUUCCACUUCCACCACAAGAUCAUCCCCAGCCCAUUCAUCACCAUCUCAACAAACGAAUCAUCAGAACUAGCACUGGAUCAAGAAGAAGAAGGAGAAGAUCAAGAUCAAGAACAGCAAGAGAAAGUACUGAUCAUCCUCAUCCUAACCGAUAACUAUACACUCUAUCGACUGAAAUUCAGCUAUCCCCAACUAUUCUACUCGGAACUAUUCGAAGAGGACUGGCUGACCGACUAUGAGGUAGAGGAGAUCAUCAAUCGACAGGUCAUCCUCACCCAUGGGAUCGACUCAAACAAUCUCAUCAUCUCAUCAUCCGAUGGGAUAUUAACCCAUCUCAGUUGGGGUAAACUGAUCGGAAUUAACGAGAACUAUGGCUGGAAGACCUCAAACCUAUCCUACAAUCGCUCAUCAGCCCUCUGGAACUUCCUACCCACCAGUUGGUCAUCAUCAGCAGUAGCAUCCUCAAAAACCAUUAGCUCAUCAGCACACGAAUGGAUCGCAACUCCGACCUCAACUAUCUCUAUCGCCAGUCAUCUCACAGCUGGCUCAAACGGCGAAGAUGCCUGGCUAUUCACCAUCUCACGCGAUCGAAAGCUGAAAGCAUGGAGUCUGACUACCGGCUUAUGUCUCAAAGAACUCCCACUCGAUCAUCACUCAUUAGCAUCACUAUCAUCAACAACAAAAACAAUCUCAACAACAACCACUAAUGAUCAUCAACAAGACCUACUCUUACCCGCCGCACCUCGUCCCUUGGCCAGAUUCAUCUACUCAGACGAAGGCGAUGACCCCAGCUACGAAGGUUUCCUGAUCCUCUUCGUCCCAUCCCCCGUCUCACCCAGCUUUGUCACCUACGGACUAUCACUGACGGCCGAGAACCAAUUCAAAGAUCUAGUACUACUAGAAGAACGUCGGUGCGAUUGGAAUGGGAAGAAUGGACUCCAGAUGGGCGAAUUACGCGACUUUCAGAUCUCCAAGGUCGAUCUCUCCAUCGGCUUUACCACCUCACCUUCCAAACAACGUCCAUGGGGUCUAUGGGCAGUCUGGGAUGACGAAAUCGGCGGUGAAGGUAUACUCCAAUAUACCAUCCUACACGAGACUCGAAACUGGCAGGAGAGCGUUCGAACCAGCUGGGUGACCAUCCAACCACCCGAUCGAAGGACACCCUGGAACUCAUCUUUCUUUGAUGAACUAUUGGCCAACGAUCCAAGCUCGAGCGUCACCGAAGUCUUCAUCGACCAUCUCUUUCGACCCGGUCAUUUCUCUUCCUCCGACUUGGAAUACGCGCUGGAGACCUACGAGACCAGUCUGGAGAGUGACGAUGAUCAGCCAGCUGUUGAGAUGGAUAAUAGCGUCUAUGAGAGCUUGGAGGAGAAGAUUUGUGCCGUGGUAGGCUCGAAGGUCAAACUGGAAAUCUCCAAGCAGACCGGCGCACCGAUGAUCGAAGGAUACCAUCGGAAGCUACGUAUCGAAUGGCUCAAGUUUGCGACGAUGUGUGCCGAGAGUCGAGCGUCCUCCUUAUGGCCGAUCGAGCUGGCCGUCGAUGCCGAUCGACAACAGCUCUUCAUCAUCGGCCGUCGUUCGAUCACCACCCCGGUCCUGAUCGAUACCGCCAGUCUGUUAUCCCAGCUGGUCGGUGCAGUCGACUCGGGCCAGAGACCACCACUCCUAGAUCAGCAGGUCUCUGGGAUCGACCAGUACCAUCCACUACUGAGCAACCUCAACAACCGACGCGAUCUAGUCGGACUUGUUGGCGCGAUCAAUUGUCUGGCCGCAGGCCUCUCACAUGGCGAGGUUAUCAAGCCACUCGAGGACGAGCUGAUGCAGAUCGUCCGGAGGCCGAUCAAGUUCUCGAUCGUCGACCUGCUUGAUGAUCUCUUCCGUCGACGCUUACAGCCGUCCAUCGACGAUGGACUGCAAGCGCAGAUCGCGGAGCGACUGGGGCAAGUCAACGGCCUCGAGCUGGCCUUUCAACUCCUCUGGACGAUUCUCUCGACCUCGGAACUAGUCCGAUGUGGGCCCGACGAAGGAGGAGAAGGGGUCAAGGUGACCAUCCUCAGCCAAAUGUUCCUGAGCGACUACCUCGUGAAUGCGUUGGAGAAACGUUUCGAGCUGACCCGGAACGCGCUCAUCUUCCUGGUCUAUCUCUGUGGUGAGGAGGAGACGACGGGCGCGAAGCUGGGCGAGUUUGCCGGACUGACGUCCCAAUAUCUGCUCAGUUUCCAGCAGAGCAUCAUGGCCCGAUGGCUCGUCCGUCAGUCAGCCAAGAUCCCAGCCGAGCUCGCCUUCGAGGUUGAAGACAAGCUAGUGGACAGACUGGUCGAGUUACAUGUGUCGACCGAGGCCGAGCUGGGAGCUCAUCCGGGAGGCGCGAUGAUCAGGGAUGCCAACUCAGCUACGAGUCUCUUGAGCUCAUUACUGCUAACCAAGUUCAUACCCGAGCUCAACGGCCGGCUCAAGCUACCCGGUAGCUUGGCCGAAGCAGGAUCGACCUUCCUCGAACUCGUCGGCCUUUAUACUAAUCUCUCCCAACUCUCUGAAUCUGAAUUAACCGCCAUCAAACUCAUUCAUACGCACCCUAAUAUCAUCCUCCUCAUCCAUUUCUUCCUCAACGUCCAUCGCCCGUCCGUCGCUCUCGAUCUCCUUCAUCUCCUCCCUGAUACCGGGUGCGCUGUGCAGUUCUUGUUUGGGCUCGCUUAUCUUCUUUCCGGGUCGAUUGAAGAAGCUGAAGCCGGGUUCAUUAAAGCUGCUUCUGCUAUCUAUGAUGACAAUUUUGAGGUGGAUGAUCAAUCUGGACUUAGUUUGAUUCUCCCCGAACCCAGUCGAAAGAGUCUAACAGAAUAUUACAACUACAUUGUGCUCUUAUUUGAGCCGAUCGGAGCCGAUCAAUCGAUUGCCAAGUUCUGUCAACUAGCUAUCGACUCAUCUUCUUCUUCCACUUUCUUUACUAGUAAUACUGAGGAUGAUUACCAGAAUGAGAAGAAUCAUCUGAACCAGUUGGUCUUGAAUCUUUGGGUGAAGUUGUUCAAGGCUCUCGUCAAUCUGGCACUAUGGGAUGACGCAUAUCAAGCUUUGGUCAGCAUCCCAUCCAUCGAAAGUCAAAAUGAUUGUUUGAGGACCUUGGUCUCACACAUGUGUGAAGCAAACGAGGUCGAUAAAUUGUUGAGAUUUAGCUGGACCGGGUUGCAGAUCGAGUUCGAGAAAACCAUCUCCUUUCGUGCUCGCAAUUCAGAUCCCCUUGGCCUGCCGAAUUAUUUCUCCAUUCUGUAUGCUUAUCAUAUCAAUCGCGCCGAUUAUCGCAGUGCUGCGAUUUCGAUGUAUCAACAUGCUCGAAAGAUCGGGGAUAUUUCUAUCAAGGGUGGGGCAUUCCAAUUCAUGUUGACCCAACAAUGUCAAAGCUAUCUAGCCGCGAUCAAUGCCUUAUCGCUUGUUCCCGAGAAACAAGCCUGGAUCCCGAUGAGUUGUCCGAAGGUGGCAUCCCAAGACACGUACGGUUCAGAGGCCCGAAGGGGUCCGGGAACUGAAGGAAUGCGAAGUCGGAAACGGGUGACCUAUUAUGUGCCCGAGGAGGAGUUUCUGGGGGGAACACGGGAUGUGGAGGUGUUGAAGCUAGCGGAUCUUCGGGCAGAAUACACGCUAGUUCUAUCGCGACUGCAGCUAGCGAACGAGCUGCCCCAGCUGAGCCAGCCGGGGACGAGCACGACAAGCGGGGCGUAUCUGGACGGGGCGACGCUGGUGCCGAUGGUCCUGAACCAAGGGCGACUGACAGAGGCCUUGGAGAAGGCCAUCGUCCUCGGCACCGACCUCGGCCCGCUCUUCGUCAGACUCGCCGAGAGUUGCUGCAGACUUUCGCUCGAUAUCGGACUGCCUGGAAACUCGUUCGACUUCCAGUGGGUCAAUGGCGACCCCUUGGCCGCCCAUUGGGAUACCGACCUGGUCUCCAAAGCUUGGGCAUUACUCCAGCGUCAUCUUACCCUCAUCUUCCCUAUCUCUUCCUCUUCUCCAAACUCACUCGAUCAUCAUCAGAAUCAUCAGUUCAAUCCUUCCCAGGCUUGGAAAACUAGAGAGGCCGUCCUCGAAACUAUCCUCAAAUCUGCUAGGAAUCUUAAGGUUCCGCUCUGGCUUCUCAAGCUUUUCUUGGACUUCAAUCCCACUAAAUUGCUCAAAAUCUUCUUCAAAUUCGACUUGCUUUCUGAUGCUUUCACUGUCGCUUUACAUAUCAUCGACCAAGUUGCAAAGACACAAAGAUCGACCGAUCCGUUGAUGUCUAAGAAGAAGAACAAGAAGUUGAUGAUGGCAGGACACCCGGCGAUUCCGUUCACGGACAUCGACCAACUGCUUACUCUGACUGCUGAGGAUCUGACCGUAUCAACGUCGACGUCUUUAGGAGAAGAGGGGGGUUCUCAUCUUGCCGGUCAUCUCGCACUGGAAGGCGAGGAGGCUUUGCUGCAGCAGCGGGCGGCCGAGCUCGACCCGCUCCGGCUCUCUCAUCUCCAGAACUUGGUCUACUCUAAACUUAAUCAAAUCUUCGAUCCGCCCGAGGGCUCGUUUCAGACGUCUGAUUCUGCCACCUCUGUCGUUGCUGCGACUUCUACUUCAGGCUUUAAUCGACAACUUGUCGGCCGUUAAAUCAAACGGAUCGUUUCUUUGCUUUGCUUUUCUUGGGAUGAUUUAUGUUUCUUGCUUUUUCCCUUAUACAAUUUUGUUUCUAAAAAAUCAAACAAAUAAAAAGAGAACAAUAAUCAUAAACCUUGUUGGUGGGAUACGCAAUGUCAAAAAGAAAAAUGGAUGGAUGGAUGGGUGGGUGAAUAAGUAAUGCAAAAAAAGUGGUUUGCGCGCGAGUGGAGUGGGGUGGACAGUG